AUGGAAUUUUGGUGCCGUCUCUUAGUCGAUUGCGAGAUGCUUAAAAUUCGGGUGAAACUAACGGAUGUCGAGGAUACGCUAAAGUCGUAGAGCGGUGAGGAGAGAGCAACGAGUGGGAAAGAGCGAGUGAGAUGGACGCAAGAAAACGGUGAGGGGGAUGAGGCGUGUAAAAGAAUUGGAGCCUGACCGACUGAUGGCCCAUUGAUUCGGGACUCGAUCGAAAGUAAGAGAGCUCAAUGCGCGAGACGUGAUGGAAAAUGGAGGAAUGAGUGAAUAUCGGAAGUGGAAAGCGUCGAGAUAAAUAUGCGAGAUAGAGAAAGGCUUUUAUAGGCAUCGACCGAGUACACGAUGAGUUGCCAAUCUGAAUGACGGUUUAUCAUCUCGAUGCAAGCAACUAAAUGAACAUACGUCUCCGAGUCUUUGGUUGUUUCUUAGAGAAAAAUGGAGGAAGAUUGUCAAAGUAGUGAGUAAUAGCAUAGGACGCAGAUACGUAGAGGGAUUAAGAGAAGAAGCGACGUUACCUACAUACGAGAAACGCAAGAAUAAAACUUGAAGUGCUCACGCGAGCAUGUAUCCAUCCUUACGCACUUGUUCCGUCCGCUUCGUGUGCGUAUUCGAGCGUGUAAAUCUACGUGUGUACGUUUACGAGAGAGCCUACGUGUAGGACGUAAGAUGUACACACGGGGACCAGUCGGUGGACACACACUCGGGAAGUAAACCAGGCCGAGCAGACCGAUCGGGCCAGUCAGCAUCCGCGCUGAGUCUUUUCAAGGUGCGCCUAACACUCUCUACCAUACCGGAGAAAAAGUCGAGGCCUGGUCCCCCGAUUCUCGCGGCGAGUCCAUGUCUCUAGUUCUCUCUCUCUCUCUCUCUCUCUCUCUCUCUCUCUCUCGUAUUCGUUCUUGUCAAUCGACUUCUCUGUCUCUCGCCCAAACCCGAAGUUCCGUCGAUUUUCAACAACGUAUUUCUGAUCAAGUAGUCCCGUUCCUGAUACGCGUGCCCGCAGAAUCUUUCGAGAUUCAGAAUUUUUCGCUUCUUUUACUUUAUUUUUCUGGAUGUGAUAUGUAUCGUUGGAUAUUUUGAUACUGCGUUUAUUUUUGGAGUAAGAAUGUCGCUAUCAAUUUGCCUCCGCACUUGUUGCAGUAUUUCUGGAAAUUGCAUUUAUGAUUACCAAUGGCAAUGUAAAAAGUACUAAUAUCGCUAAGGAGCGGACUAAAAGAAUGUCCUAUGUAGGUCAUAUACAAGAAUUAGCACUAACUGAGUUUACAUUAAGCACAAAUUUAUUCUCGUGAAAGUACUAAUAUCGCUACUUUCUUCGGCGGCGAGUAAACAAAUUAGAACUAUACGCGGAGAAUACCAUACCCGUAUUUGCGGUAUCGCGCGCGCGCUGUUAUUAACAAGAUAGUUAUUACCCAUUCAUCUACUUGCUUAUCCUAUUGUUUGCCUCUCGCCUCUCUGCGGAUGUAUCAUUCUAACUAUUAGCACCCGUUCAUUUAUCUCUGUAUGGCUUUAUUCAUCUUUUAAUAAUCCCUUUUGUUCUACUCUAAACGAAUCGUAGAUGGAAAUAGGAGCUAAUCUCUCGAUAAAAAGCUACAAAAUGGCAUGCGAGCACAAAUGAGAAAAAUGAGAGAUGAGAAAGAAAGGUGUGAAUUUUCGUUUCGUUCACGCGUGCAAGGUGUCAAUUCUUUUUUUUCUUUUUUCCUCUAUCUCUUUUUGCACUUCUAACGGUAUGGAGACAAGACAGAUCAAUACUAUGGUUUUACUAACCCGCAUGAUAUAUAAUGUAUAUAAUAUAUGUAUAAUAACUGCAUAAAAUUACGUACUUUCAUAAAUAUUUCGUUUAUUGUAUGCAUUAAAUCUAAAAAAACAAAGAAAAAAGAAAUGCGUUCUAAUAAUUCCUAGAUUCGAUGAAUAUAAAUGUAGUCGACGAAAGUUUUAUCACACGUAAAAACUGUUUUCUUUGUUUCUCUUUAAUGGUGAUUUGUUUCAAUAGCUCUGAAUGUUUCGUAAGCAGCAAAGAAGCGGUCAGCGCACGGACAAAUAGACGAAACGGGCAAAGGUGUAGGACGAGGCAUGAGAAGAGGCAGAACAAGUAGGAGAGCGAGAAUUCUCAGGUACGAAAGCUUCACUUCGUGGGGGCCUUGACCUGACCUCGAUCCUCGGACGAGUUCACUCUCGCCGGCGUCGACGAGAGGAAAGUGUUCCACCACCAAGAGUGCGCAUGGCUGCUACCCAGCUCGAUGUACCUACCAUCCGGAUUAGCGUUUUUACCUCACGAUGCUAUGUACAAGUUCAUUUGUUGUAAGUAAUAUAGAUGUAUAAUGUAAAAUGAUGAAACUUUCAGAUUUGCCUGUUGAUUACAAACUUAACUGUAAACAGUACAGUAACGGAAUCCAAUACGCGAGGAGAACAAACGUUUCUUGUGCGAGACGCGGAGAAAAAAGCUGCGAAAGCAAAGUGAAAGUUUCCUGAGACUCAUUGUAUAUUAUGUAUUGUAUAUUAUGUAUUUCAUCGCGAAGAAGUUGCGAAUAAUGCUUGAAAAAAAGAAAAAAGCAGCAAUAAUUUUUUGAGCAAUAAAAUAUAUAAAAAUAAUUAAUAUUUUUAUUAUUUUUACAUGACAAUUUAUACUAAAUGUAUAUCUUUAUCAACUAGAACUUGAAAUUCCUUUUUAUAUUUUUAUAUUGACAUAUUGUUGGCAUAAUAUUUGUAUCUGUGUCAAUCGAAAAAAGAGAAAUUUAUGUGCUAAAAAUUUUAAAUUUUAAUUCAACGAUUUUUAAAUAUUUUAGGUAUAUUUUAAACAAUAUAGAAGAACUUAAAAAUGCUUUAAAAGAUUCUAAGGAAUUUUAAUUUCAAAUAUCUCUAGAUAUUUUUUUCUAAUAUCAUGACUUGUGAUUCAACGUGUAAAAUUGAUUUUUAGACAGAGAUGUAACAUCAUUUAUUUAAAUAGCUUAUGUGCUAAAAUACGUUUCGUCUUAGCAAAUUCUUCGACAAAACUACUUUGUGAUUUUGUGAGAACGUAAGUUGGUUCUACCAAUGCAGAGAUUGGCUUGACCAUCUUCGAACUUGAAGCGCGGAGAAAGUCAGCCGCACAUCCGAGUUCUUUCCCUCGCGCACGAAUACACCGGCAACGAUGAAAUACUUUUGGGUAUGUCUCCUCCCUUUUUCCAUCUUUUUUUCUAGACAAGACGCCUUCGGGUCACGGUGACGCGAAAUGAGACAAGACGAGGCGCGGCUUGUCCUCCUGGAGGAAACCUCUGGCUUGGGCCCAACUCACACACAUGAUCGAAUCACAGUGAUACGUGCACGCACAUUCCAUGUGAAAAACCGUUAAAUGUUCCGUGCGACAGAGCCACUGGAAUACAUUAAUUUCAAAGAUCAUUGACUAGUUAUGGUACUGAUCGGUACCAUCCAACAGAACAUGACCUUAAAUCGUAUGCUUAAGAUUAAUAUGACAAAGGAGAAAAAAGAUAAAUAAGGAGAUUAGUAAACGGAGUGGGUAAUUGAGAGGAAUGCAAUAUCACGAGAUAUAUAAUUCAAUAGUAAUGUAUUACCAAUGAAAAUCGAGGCAUGUGUUAUUAGGAAAUUUAGUUAUAUUAAAAAAAAAUGAGUUCCCAAUAAUACAGCAAAGAAGCUUCUAUAAUCGAGGAAUAUUAGGAAAUGUCACAGUUCCAUAUGAUAAUGGCCGCGCAAUGCGAUGUCUAUCAAUUGCAAGGCCAUCAUCGGCUCGCAUAAAGUUAUAAGUACGUUGGAAAGUUGUGGAGGUAUAUACGAGCGAAGUAUCAUCUACUCGAUAGUGUAGAAGUACUCGGUGUAAUAUACUUUGACGAAAGCGAAAUCAUAAGCUAACUUAUCCCAAGUGCUUGGCUAAAUAUAACUGCUACUUUUCUAUUAGCAUAAUAGGAGAUCUUUUGCAAAUGGUGUCACGAGAUUUUUAAAAAUAAAAGGGUAUUAAUUAAAGAUUCUAAGACAAAUCGCUUUUUUUUAGUUUUAGCGCAAGUAGAAGCUGAUAAAAGAGACACAAUUUGAUGAUAAAUAAAAUAUAGACAGUCUCCUUAUUCUGUCCUAGAAACUAAUUAUGACAAGUGACUCAAUUCGGCAAGUCAUCUGAAGAGUCAUCCGGAGAGAAGACUACGCCAAAUAAUUUAUGCUACCGCAGAUAAUUCAUCUUUAAUGCAUAGCACAUUGCACAUGUGUCUCUUUGAAAGUUCUGACAAGUAGGCAAUUCCUGUCGCAGCUGCUGUAUCUUCACUAUUGCAUUUAGCAGAUAAAAAACAGGACGUAACACCUAAAUCUUUCGCGAGAGUAGUCUCGCGUAAAUUUCCAUAGUUAUUUGCACAGCGGCUAACGCGAAAUCGCUAAAUCAAUAAGAAUCGCAAUCUGUGAAUGAUAACGCAACGAUGCCGAACAAGUCCAUAUUCUUAUCAAUUCGUUUUUAAUCUAAAUUCUCGAGGGACCCUCACAUUCUAUCUUCUACCGUUGGUAUCGGUACUUUCGGUGCUUUUGACUCGUGUCGGAACAUCUCCGUCAAUUCGAUCGUAGUAGUCCGAUUUUGGUGGUCCGGAGGAAGAGGCCAAUGGUGCGUAGGUACACAUCAUCUUUCUCUCGUUUUCACCGUCUCUCUCUCUCUCUCUCUCUCUCUCUCUCUUCUUUUUUCCUCGUCCUCUUCCUCUCGCGUUCUCGCGAAUGUGUGCCUGUAUGCGUAUUACGCACACGCACAGGGCGGGUUUGUCGGCAGCCAACACACCCGUUGUGUACACAAACGACCUAAGUAGGCACACACAGGCACACGGAGAGAAGAGCCGGUGGAGAGAAGGACCAGCGAUGUGGAGGCGCGUCAACGAGAGACGCACACGACACAAACGGAACGACCGCCUGGAGGAGAACCAAUAGCUCGUAUGGGUUGUAACCCAACGGCAGGCGGAGGCCAUCCGGUGGGGGCCAUCAAAAUUUCAAAAACGUACGCGGACCCCUUUCGCGACGAGGAUAAAAGGCAGCAAUCGUGAUUCUUUCGGGCAGUGUCGAUACGAUCGCCGUACUCGUUCGAGCGUUCACGUGCGAGAAAAAAAGAGAGUCAAAAUCGCAAGGGCGAGAAAACGCGAGGAAGAGAAGGAGAAGAAGUGAAGACGAGUUGGAAUAAUUGACUCGAUUUGGUGUUUUCUUCGUUAUCCGGAAAAUCCGUCAAGAUGUUCAAAUACGUGGUAGUCGGCGUAUUCUUCGUGGUAUCCGCUCUUGCUGCACCGGCGACACAGGAUGCGGGGACGACGUCGUCACCCUCGAUCGUCGAGGAAGCCGUCGACGUGUAUACUUCCUGUUCCGGAGAAUCGAACAUCGCGGUGUGUCUCAAGAUGAAGGCUUUGCGCUAUGUCGAUCGUGCCGCCCGCUCAGCCGACAUCGAGAUCGUUGACGGAUUCAAGAUUGUACAGACCGAAGAGGCUAAAAAUAGCCGAGCCGACAAUGCAAGGUCUCUUAAUGACAUUGAAAGUACUUUGCCUGCUGAGACCGAAGCCAAAGAAGCCGCAAUUGAUCAAGCCAUUGUCGACAGAGCUGCCAAAUUCUUAUCCACGCACACUGUUGAAUUGAGCCUGCCCGAAGAUGUUUCUCGUUCGUUUGAUGAAGCUCGUGGUAAAAAGAAGAAGAUUGUCAAAUCACUUUUGCCCAUCCUUCUUCUCCUGAAACUGAAAGCUGCUGCUCUUAUUCCCAUCGCUCUUGGUGCUUUAGCUCUAAUAGCUUUCAAAGCCCUCGUUAUCGGCAAGAUUGCUCUCAUCAUCAGCUUGAUCCUUGGUCUGCAGAAAUUGCUUGCUUACAAGAGCCAGAGCUAUGAGGUUGUCGCUCACCCCGUUCAUGACUAUGGACACGAAGCGCACCACGAUCAUCACGGCUGGGCGAGAUCAGCGGCCGGUUCUGAUCUUGCAUACAAGGCGUAUAAACCUUCCGAAUAGUUCAAAGUUAUGCGCAACUUUUCUUCCUUCUAACUUUCUACCUUCAUUCGCCAAAGUGAUCGUCUCUAAUCCGGCGAUCACGUGAGGGUGGCGUGGCUCAGUUUCUCAGGGAUCCGCAAACAAGCUCAACUCGACAACGAAGACACUUGUUAUGAACGACUAUAUUGAACGUAAUUCUACGUAGACGGGCAAAUGACUGUUAGACACGGACAGUUACUGGAUUUUGCACGGACAGGAUUUAACGGUGACUCGACUGCAUGACGCCGAUGACGAUACUGCAAUCGACAAUCUAUAGGGAUGCUACGAUCGCCAUAGUUCAAUGUACAUUCCGGCAAACCUAUGACUUAUCACUUCACCGACAACGACGAAAGGCUGUAUCCAGAGAUUAUGAGAAUCUCAAAAGACUCUCAGAAAAGUGGAAUCCUGUCAAAAUAAUAGAAGCCGCGCUCCCUCGAUCAUACUCGUGCGGUAUCCUUUCAGAAUCCUCCGUGUCUAUCGCAUGCGGAACGACUCGUAGUCAGUACUCGCACGGGACCACCAGAUUUAAUCCAAUGAUUAUUUAUAUAUCGAUCACCCCGUUUUGGGAUCAUCAUGUAACUUAUCAUAUUAUUUAUAAAUAAAUUGUAAUUUUGUAUAAUAUUAAAA